AGGUGCAGAAAUGCGCGUGCUCGUGUUGCUAUGGCAACGUGUGUUUGAGACAGGCAGCAGGACUGAAGUGGUGGACUCCUCUGGUUCAAGUGCUGCUGACCAGGCUCCUCAAAACGACCGGAACAUUGCCUGUGUCUCUGUGCUAUUUAAGCAGCAUACACGAUGCCACCUAAAAACAAAGGCACAAGUAAAAAGCCUGCAAAGGUGAGGACGCCCACGCUGAUAGAUGGCCUCACCAAGGAGGAGAUGUCCAAGGAGCAGCUGGAGGAGCACAUUGCACGCCUUCGAGAGGAGCUGGAUAGAGAGAGGGAGGAGAGAAACUACUUUCAGCUGGAGAGGGACAAGAUCCACACCUUUUGGGAGAUCACAGAACGACAACUAGAGGAGGUCAAGGCUGAACGGAAAAACUUAGAUAAGGACAUAGAAGAGGAUGAGGGGCGCCACCAAAUUGAGAUCAAGGUGUAUAAGCAGAAGAUGAAGCACCUCCUUUGUGAACAUCAGAACACAAUCUCUGAGUUGAAAGCAGAUGGUUUAGUAUAUAGGGAGGUGAUGCAGAAAGAGCAAGAACACUUGGAGACUGAGCUUCAUAAAGAAAUGACAGCCAUCAUGGUAGACAUGCAGGAGCUCGACAAUGAAAACCUUGUCAAGGAGCUUGAACUGAAACAUGAUGAAGAAAUGACUAAAACAAGGAACAGCUGGGAGAAGCAACUCACAGAUAUUCAAGCAAAGUAUGAGAAAAAGAUGGAGUUUUUACCCCAAGAGCUGGACAACAUGAGGAAAAAUGAGCUCAGUGAGCACGAGGAUCAUUGGAACAGCCACAUCACCGCUCUUAUAGAAGACCACAACAAAGCUUUCAGUGAUGCUAAUGCACUUGUUAACCGCAUGCAGCAGGAUUUGGAUAUGAACGAGUCACUCAAGACACAAAUUAAAGACACCAAGGCGAAACAGAAGGAAAAGGAAAAGGACCUGGUACCUGUUUUGCAGGAUAACAAACGUCUCGCUAAGCUUCUCUCGAAAGCCGAAGAGGAAAACGCUGAAAAUCAGAAAAAAAUUAAAAACUGCACGACAAAAAGGGAUUCCAAUCAAAAGGUCAAAGAAAAGGAGCUGAAUGAUCUGAAAUGGGACCAUGAGGUGAUGGAACAGAAAUUCAGCAAGCUUCAGCUGGAACGGGACGAGUUGUACAAGGCGUUCACUCAGAAUAUUCAAAAGUUGCAGCAUAAAGCAGGUUUGAAGGGUGUGCUGCUUGAAAGGAAACUGAAAGCCCUGAUAGACAGCCUGGAGAAGACACAAGCUCAGCUCGACUCGGUGCUUUCUGCCUCAAACAUGGACCAAACUGCCCUCGUUGGGGUCACUAAGAAAAUUGAGGAAAAUCUUGACUCCAGUAAUAAUUCUAUCAAGAACUUGCAGUAUAAAAAAGCUCAGGUUUCCAAGGCCCGUACGGAUUUGCUGCUGACCUACGAAGCAAAGCAAAGGGCUCUUGGUGUCCCUCUGGAGGAGUGUUGUGUAAAGCCCUUUGAGAGCAGUAUUGCUUCGAGAGGCCUAGAACAAGGGUUGGGUUUUUCCCUAAAAUGAGAAGCAACGAACCCAAAGACUGAAACAUUUACAGCAAAUCUCACUUUCUUUGCAUCUGAUCUCACUACAAUUUGACAUGUUUCUCAUACUUUCCUAUGAUAUAAAUGUUGAUGUUCAGUGACACAAAAUUAUUAACAAGAAAUAUUGUUUUCUCCUUCUCAUAAUGAUGACUUGGUAUCUUGAGAAAACAGUGGUCGGGGAGUUUAGAGUUAAAGGUCCAUCAUGCCCUUGAUUCAUGCUUCUUUCCAAAGGCAGAGAUAAGUAAUUACAGGCACAGAUGUUAACAAAAAAGGCUCAAGUAUUUUCCGGGCUGACCAACAAACUGUGUAACAGAUCAAAAUGUUGUGAUGUCUUAAUUAUAUACCUUUUGUAGGCUGCUUACUUUACCUCAACAAAACUCAUUACUAUAGACCAAAUAGAAUGGCUAAAAGCUGCUUUACAGGACAUAUUCAGCUACUUUUGUUCUGGUUUCUGAUCUCUGUUGUAGUUUUUAUUAUUUCUUUGAUGAAACAGAUAUCAAAAGGACCAAAUAUGUAGAUACUGUGAUUUUGGAUGGAGAGUUGAGCAAAUUCCUGUUCACCUCAACUGAUAUGAAGUGCUGAAAGACUAGAUGAGCCCAACUCUGGAGUAGUCUCAGGGUUCCCACUCGUCCUGGAAAUCCUGGAAAACAGUCAACCAAUUUUCCAGUCAUGGAAAACACAUGGAAAAUGAGAGAAAAAGUAAAAUGUCCUGAAAAAUC